ACGGCGGCAGUGAAUCCAAGUGACUUGUUUACCCAACCCUCCGCCCCACAAACUCUCUUCUCUCUCUUUAUCUCGCUUCAACCUGUCAGUCAGUGGUUCCUUCCCAUCAGUCUUCUCGACACAUAUAUAACCCCAAAUCCAAUCCUACCAUAUUUCUCACUGGAGCACUACUACUAUUAUUAUUACGUACGUAUCAACUGAUUACUUCCUCGGUUUAUUUGGCACGCAAAAGAUCCUGCGAAAACUCUAGAUCAUUAGUAGAAAUACAAAGCGAGCUUAAGGAUGUUGGACUGGGGCCCAGUUUUCGUGGCGGUGGUGCUGUUCGUUUUGUUAUCUCCGGGCUUGCUGUUCCAGUUGCCCGGCAGCCAUGGCUGUGUGGAGUUUGGCAGCUUCCACACAAGCGGUCCCGCCAUCAUGAUUCACUCCCUCCUCUACUUUGGUCUCAUUUGUGUCUUUUUGUUGGCCAUCAGGGUUCAUUUUUACGUUGGUUAACUAAAAUUCUUAAGUUACUCCACCUCCUGUGUACUGAUCGAGGUAAAAAUGGACACAAUCUGAACAAUGUGAUCAGCUUUUGUUUCAUCGAUAUUCUGUGUUACUUCAUGAAUUUGUAACAUUUCAACUACAAUGUUUGGGAUUUUUCAGCAAUAAUAUGUAAGUUUUUGGCGGCUUUGAUUAAUUGAUGAAGGGUGGUAUUCUUUUUUUUUUGCAAUUUGGGUUGGGAAAGUAAAAACAGUGGUAACAUUUACGUUGGAUGGUUGAAGCUUGGAUUUCGAUCAUUGGAUUUCGAUGUGCCUAUUUCAUUGAUGAUUGGCUUAGCUCUCACUCGUGGAUAAAGCGGACUCGAGCGAAAUAGCGGGCGUGGUCCAUG